CGCCGGCCGCGCCGCGGGGCCGAGCCGACGCCGGGGGCCGCCCGCGGGCCCGCCCGACCCCGAUGAGCCGGAGGCGCCGGGUGUAGCAGAGUAAGAUGGACGGUAGCUUUGAUUGUGAUUGUGGUGAGCUGGAGCCACCUGAUCACUGACAGAGGCCACCUGCUGCCACCAACAGCCAGGGCUUCCUGUCAAGACAGCGACCCGGGAAGGACGAACCUGCCGGACAGCGCUUCCGGCCCCCCUAACAUGCUGCUCAGGACCAGUCCAACACUGAAUGUACCUGCACUGUGAGGAGAUGCCUCGACGCCGGUCGCGUGCAUAUUUAUUCACACUUCUGUUAAAUGUUCAGUCAUUUAGCACGGUAGAUCUGAGUGCAUAGUAUGUCAUUCAUUCCGUUUGCGUUUCUUGAGUGUUUUCUUUAAAUGUCUGCAGAGUUGCUGCCCCUUUCUUGAACUCUGAUUACUGCAAUCUCUUUCAAUCCUCAACAUGAGUAGGGCUGUGUGAGCUUUCAAUGCACAGGGGACUUGGUGGGCCUGGUUGGCACAGGCGAUGAAUGUCAGGAAACCAUCAUGCUGGGCAGCAUGAUCUCUCUCCUCCCCCUUUGAGAGCUCUUUCCUUUUGAUGCCAGUUUUCUCCCCUGUUUACACAAGUUUACUAGUUGGAAAGGAAAAAGCAAUAGUGAGGGUUUCACAAUGGCAGAGAAAUUCGAAAGUCUCAUGAACAUUCAUGGCUUUGAUCUGGGCUCUCGGUACAUGGACUUAAAACCAUUGGGCUGCGGAGGCAAUGGCUUGGUCUUUUCUGCUGUAGACAAUGACUGUGACAAAAGAGUGGCCAUCAAGAAAAUUGUCCUCACUGAUCCCCAGAGCGUCAAACACGCUCUCCGGGAAAUCAAGAUCAUCCGACGGCUGGACCACGAUAACAUAGUGAAGGUGUUCGAGAUCCUGGGCCCAAGCGGCAGCCGGCUGGCCGAUGACGUGGGCUCGCUGACGGAGCUGAGCAGCGUGUACAUUGUGCAGGAGUACAUGGAGACGGACCUGGCCAGCGUGCUGGAGCAGGGCCCCCUGCUGGAGGAGCACGCCCGGCUGUUCAUGUACCAGCUGCUGCGUGGCCUCAAGUACAUCCACUCGGCCAACGUGCUGCACAGGGACCUCAAGCCGGCCAACCUCUUCAUCAACACGGAGGACCUGGUGCUGAAGAUCGGGGACUUCGGGCUCGCCCGGAUCAUGGACCCGCAUUACUCCCACAAGGGCCAUCUUUCUGAAGGACUGGUCACUAAAUGGUACAGAUCUCCACGUCUCUUGCUGUCCCCCAAUAACUACACGAAAGCCAUUGACAUGUGGGCUGCGGGCUGCAUCUUUGCGGAAAUGCUGACUGGGAAAACCCUCUUUGCAGCGCUGGACUUCCUGGAGCAGAUCCUGACCUUCAGCCCCAUGGACCGGCUGACGGCGGAGGAGGCCCUGUCCCACCCGUACAUGAGCAUGUACGCCUUCCCCACCGAUGAGCCCAUCUCCAGUCACCCAUUCCACAUCGAGGACGAAGUUGACGACAUUCUGCUCAUGGACGAGACACACAGCCACAUUUACAACUGGGAGAGGUACCAUGAUUGUCAGUUUUCGGAGCAUGAUUGGCCCAUACACAACAACUUCGAUAUUGACGAGGUGCAGCUUGACCCCAGAGCCCUGUCUGACAUCACUGAUGAGGAAGAAGGACAGGUGGAUCCUCGGAAGUACUUGGACGGAGACCGAGAGAAGUACCUGGAAGACCCUGCUUUUGAUGCCAGUUACUCUGCCGAGCCUUGCUGGCAGUCCCCGGAUCACCACGAGAACAAGUACUGUGAGCUGGAGUGCGGCCACACCUGUAACUACAAAGCACGGUCAGCGUCGUACUUAGAUAGCUUGGUUUGGAGGGAGAGUGAGGUGAACCAUUACUAUGAGCCCAAACUUAUCAUAGAUCUUUCCAACUGGAAGGAGCAGAGCAGAGAGAAACCCGAUAAGAAGGGCAAGUCCAAGUGCGAGAGGAACGGGUUAGUGAAGGCCCAGAUAGCGCUCGAGGAGGCGUCCCAGCAGCGGGCCGAGAAGGAGCGGGAAAAGAAUCAGGGCUUUGAUUUUGAUUCCUUCAUUGCGGGAACUAUUCAGCUCAGUUCACAGCACGAGCCCACUGAUGUUGUGGACAAACUGAACGACUUGAAUAGUUCCGUGUCCCAGCUAGAGCUGAAGGGCCUGAUCCCCAAGUCAGUGAGCCGGGAGAAGCAGGAGAAGGGCAUGGCCAACCUGGCCCAGCUGGAGGCGCUGUACCAGUCGUCCUGGGACAGCCAGUUCGGGGGUGGGGGGGAGGAGCGUUUCCUCAUCGACCAGUUUUGCUGCGAGGUCAGGAAGGACGAGCAGGUGGAGAAGGAGCACACGUACACCAGUUACUUGGACAGGUUCUUCAGCAGGAGGGAGGAGGCCGAGCUGUUGGAAGCUGAGCCAGGUGAGGACAGGCCUCGGGUGGAGAGGGGUGGUGGGGAGGGCUUUCUGAACCACAGCGGGGAGCUGCUGCUGAACAAGCAGCUCGAGUGCAUGGGCCUCCCGCAGCUGCACAGCCCCGUGGGGUCCCCCCGGAAGUCCGUGCCGGCCGUGAAGGCGUCCCCACGUGUGCCCCCUCGGACCUACAGCAGCAUCCUGAGACAUCUGAACUAAACACUCAGCAGACGUUUCUGUGUUCUUCAUGAAAUACGUCUUGUCUUUUUUAUUCCUAGUGUUUAAGUCAUUUUUUUACUUGAAUCAGAUGGUGUCCUUUAGUAAGGAUUUUAUCAGUUCUCGGUUUUAAAAAUCCAGACUUUUUUUUCUACAUGUGAGAUUGUUUUCAUUUUACCUGGCAUGUCGUUUGCACACAAAAAAGAAUCGAGCAAAUAAUGCAAUGCAGGAAGAGACAAAAGAAAUGCACUAAGACCAGUAAACACAUUCUCUCCUAGAACAGUGAUCUGUUUUACAAGAAACAAACUCUUGCCUUGAAACUUACACAGUGAGACUGUACAGAACUGCAUGGAAAUAUCUAUUUUUUUCCUAAAACCUUUUUCAUUCAUUAGUAUUUUCAAGUUUUUCAUACUGUACACAUUUCUUAAAACACAUGAUACCAGCAGCAACUGAAAAUGAAUGCCGGAAUUGGUACACAUGUGUUAUCUACCUCAAGGUAACUGACGUAUGUGGCGAACCCCACGGCCCAUAGUGCUCCACGGUGUGACCUGUGCUCAGCCACGCCCACGGUAGGGAUUGUGUGUCCUCACAUUGUCAUCUGUACACAUCCUGGUGUUCAUUCCUUAGGGUGAAGUUUCGAUACAUCACAUCUUAUUUAUUUUAGCAAAGCAGUAUAUUUUCUGUAUUUAAUGAUAAAAGUAACUUAGUUUUAAAAAAUUUAUUUGCAACUACACUUUAUGCAUUCGGCACUAUGGUUUGUCGCCUCCCUAGCUGAAGUCCCAUCAGCGUUGCCCAAGGCUGUCUCCACGUACUGAAGUGUUCGUUUGAAAUAAAGUACUCACUGUGUAUAGGAAUUUGUAUUUUGGAGGUGCUUGAUCUAUCUACAAAGAAAAAUUAGGAAUUACUUUAUUAUAAAAUGCUCCUAGAAGUCUUUAUUGUGUUUAUUUUUUAAAAAGCUGUAAUGUUAGACUUGUGUGCAUGGAAGUAGUUAAGGUACAUCAUUAUUGUAGUUUAACAGUGUACAUGGUAAGACACUUUCUGUUCUCACUGUAUGUUUUUACCGAAUGAUCUGCUCCUGUCCCAGGCAAGCAUGAAUAAAGUUAGGUUCAGCGUAGCAUGUGGCAUUGCAGUCUCUUAGCAUUUGUUUCAUCUGUUUUAUUUUCCUGAAUACUGUCUGUAUCCUUGGCUAAAAUAAAACCUGCUCAGCACA